AUGGCGGCUGCGCGCAGAAAACUCUUGCAAAUCAGGCAAGUGGGGUCUCUUCUCCUUUUUCUGUGUGUAUCUGUGGGGGAUGCGGCCACCAUCCGCUAUUCCGUGGCGGAGGAGAUGGAGAGUGGCUCGUUUGUGGCCAAUGUGGCUAAGGACUUGGGGCUGGAGGUCGGAAAGCUGGCCGCGCGCGGGGCGCGGCUCGUUUCCGAGGGCAACAAACUGCAUUUCCGGCUCCACCGCAAAACAGGGGAUCUGUUCGUGAAAGAGAAACUGGAUCGGGAGUCACUUUGUGGCAAAGCCGACCCGUGCGUUCUGCACUUUGAAAUAGUUCUGGUGGAGCCGCUGCAGUCCUUUCGUGCCGAGGUCAGGGUAUUUGAUAUCAAUGACAAUGCCCCAAUUUUUCUAAACAAGGAGCCACUUUUAAAGAUCCCAGAGAGUACCCCCCUGGGCUCACGUUUUCCUUUGCAGAGCGCCCAGGAUCUGGACGUGGGCCUCAAUGGUCUCCAAAACUACUCUCUGAGCGCCAACGCGUACUUCCACCUGCACACCCGCUUCCGCAGCCACGGGCCCAAAUAUGCCGAGCUGGUGCUGGAUAAACCUCUGGACAGAGAGGAACAGCCCGAAGUCAACUUGACAAUUACCGCAGUGGACGGCGGGUCCCCGCCCAAGUCUGGCACCGCCCACAUCCGCGUGGUAGUUCUGGACGUCAAUGAUCACGUUCCCCAGUUUUCCCGACUAGUGUACCGCGCUCAGGUACUGGAAAAUAGCGCCAAUGGUUCUUUGGUGGCCACGGUGACAGCCACAGACUUAGACCAGGGCACCAACAAGGAGAUAACUUACUCUUUAGCUCAAAACCCAGAAGCAAUUCUCCAGACAUUUCAGAUUGAUUCUCAGACUGGAGAGAUUCGACUCCGAGGACCCCUAGAUUUUGAAUUAAUUGAAACAUACGACAUUGACAUUCAGGCUACUGACGGAGGAGGUCUCUCUGCCCACAGCAAAGUCCUGGUGGAAGUGCUGGAUGUGAACGACAACCCCCCUGAAGUGCUGGUCUCCUCCGUGUCCAGCCCUCUCCCUGAAGACUCUCCACUACAGACCGUAGUGGCCCUUUUCACUGUACGAGACCGAGACGUUCGAGUGGGAGGUAGAAUCACCUGCUUUCUCAGAGGAGAUCCCCCAUUUGCAGUGAAACCUACAUUCCGGAAUUCUUACUCUCUGGUCACUGACAAAAGCUUGGACCGGGAGGAGGUUGCAGGUUAUAACAUCACCCUUGUUGCCAUGGAUACUGGACCACCCAAUCUGUCCACUGAGACUGUGAUAGAGGUGCUAAUAUCUGACAUUAAUGACAAUCCGCCAAUAUUUCAGGAAGAUUUCUACAUCUUGACUGUUCGGGAAAACAACAGCCCUGCAGUUUUUAUUGGCAAAGUACAUGCUGAGGAUCUAGAUUUGGGUGAGAAUGCCCAAGUAACAUAUUCUCUGCUGCCUCCAAAAAGUGGUGAUCUAUCAGUCUUCGCUUACAUCUCCAUAAAUUCAGACAAUGGGAAGUUGUAUGCCCUGAGAACCAUGGAUUAUGAGGCCAUUCAAGAUUUUCAGUUUGUAGUGAGAGCAAUUGAUGGGGGCUUCCUGUCGCUGAGCAGCCAAGUUACUGUCAGAGUGGUUGUCCUGGAUGAUAAUGACAACCGUCCAAUGAUUUUGUAUCCACUGCAGAAUGGCACCUUGCCAUGCAAUGACUUGGUACCCAGGUCUGCAGAAGCAGGCUACCUGGUGACCAAGGUGGUGGCUGUGGAUGGUGACUCAGGUCAGAAUUCUUGGCUUUCAUACCAUCUAUUCAAGGCCACUGACCUUGGGUUAUUCUCUGUUCAACAACAAAAUGGGGAAAUCCGUACGUUACGUCAGAUAUCUGAGAGAGACCCCAUGAUGCAGAAACUGAUCAUUCUUGUUCAAGAUCAUGGUCAACCGUCUCUCUCCACCACUGCCUCUCUCAACAUCCUGCUGGUAGAUGGCUUUUCAGAGCCCUACCUGCAGUUGCAGGAUCCAUCCAAGCAUCCUAGAAACGUGAAUCCAUCCACCAAAUAUCUGGUCAUUUCUCUGGCUGUGCUUUCAUUUGUCUUUCUCUUCUCUGUCACGGUGAUCUUCAUUAUUCACAUCUACCAGAAGAUUAAAUACAAAGAAAAGUUUACAGUUCAAGAACAUUUCUAUGAUGACUGUAAUUUCCCUAACAACCUGGUACAAGUAAGAGGCAAUGGAUCCUUAUCCCAGCCUUGUUCAUAUGAAAUGUGCUCAGCCACUGGCACUGGCAACAGUGAGUUCCGGUUUCUUAAGCGCUUUAUGCCCAACUUCCCCUUCCCACAGGGCACUGGAGAGGUAAAAACAGAGGCUGAUGCCAGUUUUCCUCCAGAUUCUGAUAGGAACAGCUCUCGGGGAUUAGAGGGCCGUGCCCGGGUAUCUGAUGACUGUAUGUAG